CCCGUGCCGUGCACAUCCAAAGCCUCCGCAGACAUGGACCGCUUCCAGGUCGCAACGAUCCUCGCACCGGCGCAAGGCGGCGACAUCCUCCUCUGUCGCCACAAAUGCAGCCACGUCCCGUAUGUUAUCAAGCGCAUCGCGCGCACAUCGUCCACGAAGGACAACAUUGCCAUGGAGCUGCAGGCGUACUCGCUGCUCCACGAACGCGACGCACACAGCCUCGGCGCCGCCCACGUCCUCCAGAUGGCCGAGGUCUUUGAAGAAAAGAAGCAAGUGCACUUGGUGCUCGAGUACUGCGCGCGCGGCGAGUUUUUCAACCUUUUGAAAGCGCUGCCACAUGCACGCUGCGAGCCGUCGCUGGCCCAAGGCUACUUUGGCCAAAUCGCCGCGGGGCUCUACUACAUGCACGACCACGGCGUUGCCCACCGUGAUCUGUCGCUUGAAAACAUCUUUGUCGACGCGAACGGCAAACUCAAGAUUGGCGACUUUGGCCUCGCAGUCUCGUUUCCGAGUGUCGCUGCGAAAGCGUGCGGCAAGCUCUACUACAUGGCGCCCGAGAUGCACACGCACCCGGACGGCUACGAUCCGAGCAAGGUCGACCUGUGGUCGCUCGGCAUCGUGCUUUGGAUGCUGCUCACGGGCCUCCCGCUGGUCCACAACGCGAGUGUCGGCGACGAGACCUUUCGGUUUCUGCAGCGCCAUGGCUUGCGCGCACUUGUGAGUGCGUGGCACUUGUCCGCGCUCGUGCCCGACGAUGCGCUCGACUUGCUCGAGCGCUUGCUUGUCGCGGAUCCGGCCAAGAGACUGAGCAUGCCAGGUGUCUUGAAACACCGCUACUGCAGCGUGACGUCGGUCGCGUAGCGGCAUGUGUCGCGUCUAUUUAUUAUUUAAUACAACUCCUUGCAUCAUCAUCA